AUGGUGGCCCUCUCGCUGUCAAUGUUUGUGGCUGCUCUUGAUCAGACGAUUAUGGCCACAGCUAUCCCAACUAUUGCAGCCAAACUACACUCGGCCGCGGGAUAUACUUGGAUUGGCGGUGCUUACCUUCUGGCCAAUGCCGCCGGUGCUUGCAUAUGGGCCAAGCUCUCGGACAUCUGGGGACGCAAGCCCAUUUUACUCUUGGCCGUGGCUUGGUUCUUCGUCAGUUCGAUCAUCUGUGCUACGGCGGUGGAUAUGCCCAUGCUGAUCGCGGGACGGGCGCUUCAAGGUGUUGCCGGCGGUGGCCUGCUCCAGUUGGUCACCAUUGUCAUCUCGGAUUUGUUCAGUGUCAGGCACCGGAGCCUCUAUCUCGGCUUGAUGGAGUUCAUGUGGGCGCUGGCGGGAGGAAUCGGUCCCCUUCUUGGUGGAGCAUUUUCCCAAUAUGUCUCCUGGAGAUGGAGUUACUGGGUCAAUCUGCCUGUCUGCGGACUUGCCUUUGUCCUCCUCUUGCUAUUUCUAGACGUGCACAACCCUAAGACGAAGAUGCUCGAGGGAGUGAGGGCUAUUGAUUGGUUCGGGAGUCUCUCCAUCCUUGGCCUGACGCUGAUGCUUCUCCUUGGCUUGGACUUUGGUGGUGAGACUUUCCCUUGGAAUUCGCCCAAGGUCAUUUGUUUGAUCGUUUUCGGAUCGCUCUGUUCUUUGCUUUUCAUCUACAGCGAGAAGCGACUGGCGAAGUACCCUCUGAUGCCAAUGAGUCUCUUUGCCCAGAGCUCUAAUAUUGCGACACUGGCAGUCACAUUUGCUCAUGGCUUCGUUUUUAUUGCCGGAGAAUACUACGUACCUCUCUACCUGCAAUCCGUCACAGAAGCCUCGCCCAUGCGCUCUGGUGUCCUGGUCCUGCCUCUUGUUCUCUCCGAGGCGUUUGCCGGUAUCGUCACCGGAGCCAUCAUCCACCGCACCGGCCGCUAUCGCGAACUGAUCUGGCUGGGAAUGACCUUGUUAACGAUCGGCAACGGACUGUACAUUCAUCUGAGUGCAUACUCGUCCUUAGGGCAAAUCAUCGGAUACCAGAUUCUCAGCGGCAUCGGAGCAGGGUUCCUUUUUGAACCUCCAAUCAUCGCGAUCCAGGCAAUGGUCUCUCAGGAUGAGACCGCCACUGCCACAGCGACACUCGGCUUCAUCCGGAACCUGGCAACAUCUUCGUCCAUCGUCAUCGGCGGCGUAGUGUUCCAGAACUCCAUGAGCCAGAUGAAAUCCACCCUGCUCGCCGCCGGGAUGUCGGAAACCAUGGCCGAGCAGAUGUCCGGAGACUCUGCAGCAGCGAAUAUCGAAGUCAUCAAGACCAUCCAGGAUGCAACCCAGCUUCUUGCCGUCAAAGAGGCCUUUGCCUGGAGUUUGAGGAACAUGUGGAUCCUGCAUACGUGCAUGUCGGCUUUGGGGAUUGUCGCAGGUGCCUUUAUUCUCAAGGCCCGGCUGAACAAGGAGCAUGUGGAAACAAGGACGGGGCUGAAAUCGGAGAAGUCGGAGGCUGCAACAGUCAUUGAAAGACCUGCAGAUGAGUGUUGA